AUGCCGACGCCGACGAAGGUGUCGGAACUUUCAACCCUUGGCAAUGUUCACAAAAAAUUUCCUUUUGAAGGCAGCAUCAGCCUGAGUUCUACGACCCAACAUCAACUCUCAAGCCUCAUUCGGGGUGAAGACUGGUCCAAACUGGUUCUGCUUCAAGCCCCAAUUAGCCGGGAGAAGCGUUGCCUUAAGAUGAGAAAGAACGGUAAGAUGGAGAAAGCUUUCAGCCCAUUUUCGAGAUCAAACUGCCUCGCCAUCAGAUUUUGA